AUGAUCCGCUCCAACCCCACCGCUAUCCCUCUCCGCGCGUCGGACCUCAAACAUCUCCAAGGCGAGCUCGAGAAACGCAAAGCCCUCGCCGCCGGAACAGCGCCUACCAAUCAGUCACAGACCGGUGGAGCGGGCGGGAAGCCGGGUGCUGGAGGGCCGAUAUUGGCUCCGAGAAGCGCAGACGACGUGGUGCAGGCUGGAAGGUCGGGGAAGAGCGUAGCAGAGAGGAUAGGGCUCCCAGUUUUCCGCGACAUGUUCGCCGGCGACGCCUACCAGGGAACCGAGAUCCACCUCGAACAACCGGUAUUUGAAGUCGGAUACUUCCUAUCUUGUAUCAAUCCCGCGACGCGCCCAAGCUCUCAGCCAUACUGGCGCAUCAUGGCCCUUGUGCCUCUCGCUCGGUUGUACGAAUGUGACGACCUCUUAAGCAACGCCCUCUUCGCAAGUACCCAACAGGACGCGGGCGACGAUCGCUUCGAUGCGUUCGUUCUCGCCUGCCAAAUGAAUCACGUCCUCGCCGCAUGCCGGAUACUUCAUCACGGCGGCGAAGGGGAGGAGAAGGAAGCCAUCGGCCCGUCAUUGCUUCCAUCCAGAUGGACGCCGGCAAUGGCUGCCCAGCUGUCCAUCAAGUGGGUCUGGGCGCUGUCGGUGGCGGUACAAUGGGCGGACAGUACUGUACGGGCUGUCUGCCCGGGGGGCGCGGCGGAUCAGAAUUACUGGAAAGCCGUGAUCGGGGAGUUUGUUGUGAGGUUUACAACAGAAUAG